CGUUAAAAGCUCUCUCCUCCUCUUCGUCUCUCCCAAUCUCUCGUGAAAUUCCCACCAACUGCACCACUUUCAAAUCUCUCCCUCUCUCUCUCUCUCCUUAACCGCUCUAUCACUCUCCUUCACUUGUCACCUUUGCUUUUAAAUUCAUUCAUCCAAUCUCUCUCCCCCAAAAAAAAAACAUAAAAAAGAGAGACUGCCCACAAACAACUCUUUCAUCUUCUUGUUUUCUUUUUCUUGAAUCAACCAAUCGAUGGGCGAGCUGGACGCGGACAAAACCCGGCUCACGAUUGAGAUAUGCUCCAUCUCAAAACGCGCCAUCUGGUGUGCUCACUCGCAUAACUACGAUCGCAGGAAAGCGCCAUUCAUCGACUGGUACCACAUCCUCGGAGUGGAUGAAAAUGCAGGGCUGGAUAUUAUCAGGAAGAGGUACCAUAAGCUAGCUUUGCAGCUUCAUCCUGACAAGAACAAGCAUCCCAAAGCUGAAUUUGCCUUCAAGCUUAUCUCCGAGGCGCAUGCAUGCCUGUCGGACGCCACCAAGAGGAAGGCCUUCGACUCGGAAAAGUUGAGGUACUACUGCUGGGAAUGCAAUAGAAUCCCCUACACGACAACAGCCCCGGGACCCCCAAGCCCGAACAAGGGCACAAGGUCCCUGAGGGCAUUCCAAGGACUGAAUGAGAUCAAGGACCGGUUCAGAGAGGAAGCAAAAGUAAUAGAGAAUUGUCUGAGGGCCAACGCUGUGUUGAGGAGAGAGCUCCCGCACUUCGUCAAUAACUCGUCCUGCAUUGGGACAUUCCGGGCCAAGCUCGAUAGCCUAGGGGCACGCAAGGAGUCCCCGAUCUUUGACCCAUCACACUACCUUUUUAACGGGUACCCGCAUCUGAGGACAAGGGUCAUGAAUGAAAACUUGGGAGAGUUUUGGGGCUUUAAUGGGAUGGAAAAUAAUGGUGGGGUAAAGUGUGGGCAGAGGAUUGGGACAAAGAAGAGGGACUCUCCCAUUUUUGUGGGCAAGGCAGGGGGAGGACUCUCUAGGAGUAGAUCUUCUUGUGUUCGUUCUUGACCAGAACAAUCAUUUAUUCAAUUCGAGCAUUGAUUCAUUUUUCCGUUUUCAUAUUUACUGUAAUUACUUUUACCGAACCUCCAUAAAUGCCGUUAUGUCUCA